CCACGCCAGUCCAGACUGUAUCUCUGCCAUUUUCUUUAAAAUGCUGUAGCAGAACAUUGGCUAGAAAUGUAAAAACAUUUUCUUCAGGGUUUAGCUGGGAUGUCUAAGGUGGUGAUGGUGGGAUACUUGAAUGAACCAGUUUUCUUCGUCAUCCUGGGUACCAUCGCCUUAGAUAUAAUCAACAACGACUAUAACUAUAUGAAGACCAAAAUUCUUGAGCAAAGAACACAAGCUAAAAACGAAAGACUGCGGAGUGAUCUUCAAGAUUUACUAAUGCUACUAGAAAAUCGUCCGCUUCGAUUUGAUCUUCUGCCGAACCUUCCUCUGACAACAAAGCUAUUUCUGAACUGUUUGUCAUUUUUCAUCCUUAACAUUAUUGCAGUUUUGCAGAUAAGAACCUUCUAUUCGUAAAAGCAUAAUUAUUCAUGUGAUUAAGUUUUGUCUUCUAUUCUGUCCUUGUGGUCUUACUUAAAUUUAUAC